AUGAGGGGGCACGAGAGGAACACCAGAGCAGAAUCUGAGCAGCAGGGAUUCAGAGGCGGCCAGUCCUCAGAGCACCGAGACAGGCGGGUGAGCAAUCCAGAGCUCAACGAAAUGAGGGAGACAGGAGACAGCUCAGCCAAUCAGUCUCAACAAGCCACAGGUUCACGCCCACCUGUCAGCAACAACCAACUGUGGAAGAGAGUAGCCGGUCAUGGGACCGGCAGCGGGACUGAGUCUCAGGUGGCCGGCCGAGGGACCGGCAGCGAGACAGAGUCUCAGGUGGCCGGCCGAGGGACCGGCAGCAGGGCAGAGUCUCAGGUGGCCGGCCGAGGGACCGGCAGCGGGGCAGAGUCUCAGGUAGCCGGCCGAGGGACCGGCAGCGGGUCAGAGUCUCAGGUGGCCGGGCGAGGUACUGGCAGCAGGACACAGUCUUAG